CAUAUUUGUUUUCCUUUUGCUCAGUAUAUCCGCCGCUGCUGCUGAAAACGGAUGUGUCGGAAGUCCUUACGCGUUUCGUAACCAAAUAUUAAAACAUUUAGCGUGUAAUUGUCAAAAAAUAACAAUCAAUACCUUUAUAGUUAAAUAAAUUAAGUGUUGCGCCUCUUUAAGAUUAUAAUUUUGUUCAAAUAAUGUUCGAGUGUUUAUAGUGUGGCUUGUUUUGUUUGAGGCGAAUGCACGACACAAAGCAAGAGACGCGCUAAAUGAGCGUGCAUGCGGUCAGAAUGUACAAAAUAAAAAUGUAAAUAAAUAAGCCAAAGCCGUUUAUUAAAAUUGUUAAUAUUUAAUAGAGUGUUGAGUGGGACGGGCUAAACUAUUCGCGCGAUUGCAAUCCCUGUCUCUCACUAUAUAUAUGCGCCGCCAAAUGUGACCGAUAGGUGGCACUGAUUUUUAUCGGACAAUGACUGGACGGCAAUUGACGGCUGUUUGAUCGUAGGUUGAGCCGCUCACGUGAAUGUUGUACGAGUGUUAGAGGUACCCGUGAUUAAACGAGCAACUGUUGUGACCCUAUGGAACAUGCCCGUGGAUAUGCAUAAGAACGUUUCCGUACAAGUUGACAGUGAUUUUGCCUUAUUGCUACCCAGCGGUGUUUAUGAGAUUAAAAAGAUGGAACCACGCUCAAAAAUACGAACAAUUAUUCUGUUUUGCCUAUUUUUAGCCAUAGCGGGCAUCAUCGGCUUCGGCUAUUUCUGUCAAGAUCAGGUAUGCGCACUAUCCAAACGCGCCGUAAUACUCCAGUCCUCGGAUAUGAUGGCCUACAAUGAGCUUCAGGCCAACAACAACAACAACAAUAAUAAUAACAACAUCAACAACAAUGUGGGCGGCAGUACGGCAAUUGCGUCGAAAGCCUCAGCGCCACAGAAUAUAAUAGCCAACGCCGGACUAAGCUAUGAGGAUGUGCUGAACGAUGACUUCCAAUUCGACAUGGAUGGACACGAUGUAAUGGUGUUUCUGCAUAUACAAAAAACAGGAGGCACAUCCUUCGGACGGCAUUUGGUGCGCGACUUGGACCUGAAGCGUCCUUGUGAGUGUCAGCGUCAGCGCAAGCGUUGCUAUUGCUUCCGGCCGCAUCGCAAUGAGAACUGGCUCUUCUCGAGAUACUCAACCGGCUGGAAGUGCGGCCUGCACGCCGACUGGACAGAACUGACCAGCUGCGUGGACGUCGAGCUGGACAAGAAUGAGGGCGAGACGGCCAAGCGUCGCUAUUUCUAUAUCUCCCUGCUGCGCGAACCGAUCUCACGCUAUAUGUCCGAGUACCGGCACGUGAGACGCGGCGCCACUUGGAAGGGUUCUCGGCACUGGUGUCUGGGCCGGCAGGCAACGGCCAUCGAGCUGCCGCCCUGCUACAAAGGCAAAGAUUGGCUCGACGUUGAUCUGGAUCAGUUUGCUGGUUGCGAGUCAAAUCUGGCUGCCAACCGGCAGACUCGUAUGCUGGCCGAUCUCGCCCUGGUGGGCUGCUACAACAAGUCCUCGAUGCCGGCGCACGAGCGCGAUCGAGUCAUGUUGGCCAGCGCCAAGCGCAAUCUGGCCGCUAUGGCCUACUUUGGACUGACUGAAUAUCAAAAGAUGUCCCAAUAUAUAUUCGAGGAGACCUUCAACCUGCGCUUUGCCAUACCCUUUGAGCAGCACAACGCCACGAUUUCGGCAACUGCCGUCACGAAUCUGCGUCCCGAUCAACGGCGGCUCAUCGAGAAGUUGAAUGGCCUCGACAUUGAGCUUUAUGCAUUUGCCAAGAAUUUGCUAUUUCAGCGCUUUGAGCACCUGAAAGCAAAAGAUGCCAAUUUUGCGCAACGCUUUGCUAAUCUGGGAAAUAUAUUUUACAAGCAGGGCGUUACGGAAUUCAAUUGGGAUAGCAACAUAGAGGAUGCGCUGAGCACGGAUCAUUGAACGGAUCUUGAAAACCAAAAAUUAAUAUCUAGCAUUUAGUUGAUAAGAAACGCAAAUCCUCUUCAACCAACAGAAGGAAGUAGCGAAAAGCGAGCGGAAAGCAUAAAUGAUGCAGUAGAAAAAAGAAAAACAAAACAAAGGACUUUAACCUAGUGUUUAAGCAUAAUGUUAACAAUUAUCAUAAACAAAAGAUCGAAUUACUAUAUAUAUAUAUACAUGGAUACAUAUAUACAUAAACUCAAUCAAAAAGCAAACCUAAUUAUAAAUACAGCAAAAAUAUUAGCAGCUCUCAUAAAUGUAACAAAACUCUCUGUACGCACGUGCAGCACUUCAGAUUGUAGUCAUAAGAAGCUGGUAGAUAUCCUACUUACAAACAUACAAACUAAUUACACUCCUUGCUGAUAGGUCGUAUUCCCCAACCACACAUACACUCUCGUAUAUUGUAAAUAGAGCUAAGUAUCCUACCAGUAAAUAAUAUUAUUAUUUAAAAACACUCAGCGCAUGAACUAC